AUGCUAGAUGCCAAAGUGUCAGCCAGACUCUAUCGUCCCAAUCUCAUAAACGAUCAAACCAAUAAUCAAAAGCUUCCUCUCGUGGUGUACUUUCAUGGUGGAGCCUUUCUCAUCUGCUCUACCGGCGAACCAGUAAAAGCCCCAGAGCACCCUUUUCCAACUGCGUACAAUGACUCCUGGGACGUCCUUCAAUGGGUGGCUUCACAUGCCUACGGAGCUGGCAGGGAUAGUGCAGGAGCAAAUACUGCACACCACAGGGCUAUACGGCACCAGUGUUCCAACCAUGCCAUAAGACUGAAGUUGGCUGGAAUUGUUUUGAUCCACCCAUACUUUUGGGGGGUGGAACCGAUUGGUUCAGAGGUUACAGACCUGGUAAGAAAAUCGAUGGUGGACAAGUGGUGGCAGUUUGUUUGCCCAUCGAACAGAGGAAACGAUGAUCUGCUAAUCAACCCAUUCGCAAAUGGGGCACCUAGUCUAGAAAGUUUGGAGUGUGAUCGAGUUCUUGUGUGUGUUGCAGAGAAGGAUACACUGAGGGACAGAGGGAGACUCUAUUAAGACUCAUUGGUGAAAAGUAAUUGGAAGGGAGCGGCGGAGAUAAUAGAGUCAGAAGAGGAGGACCAUGUUUUCCACAUUUUCAAUCCCAAUUGUGAG